UGGCGCGAGCAAAGCAUCAGCGGUCUUCUGCCAGCCUGCUGACUGGACCCUCUCCCCUUCUCCUCCGCCGCCGCCAUGACGCUUUCCUACGCCGAGAAGCAGCGCAUCCGCGGCAUGCUCGCUGACAAGCAGAGCGCAAAGACCAUCGCGCUGGAGUUUGAGGUCGGCGAGGCGGACGUGCUGGCGCUGGCAAAGCCGAAAGCGGCGCUCUCCGCCUACAUGUGCUUCGCGCGCGAGAACCGCGACGCCAUCUCGCAGGAGGUCGGCGCUACAGACACUUCGACCCUCUCCAAAGUGAUCGGCGAGCGGUGGGGGGAGGUGACGGACCGGUCGCGGUGGGAGAGGCAGGCGGCCGACGACCGCGUGCGCCACGACCGCGAGAUGGCCACCUACCAGGCGGGGCUCAACGCCGAGGAUGCUGCCGAAAAGGCGCGGAUCGCCUCUGCGGCGUCUGGCCCGUCAGACCGCGAGCUGGAGCGCGCGGAGAAGCGGCAGCGGCUGCAGGAGGAGGUGGAGGAGCGGGCGGCGGCGCCUAAGAAAGAGCGCAAGGCCAAGGUGCUCACCCAGGCCGAGCAGACGCUCGUCGCGCAGAACAAGGAGAUUGAGAGCGACAAGGCCAAGUCGGCCAAGCAGCGGCUCAACUUCCUGCUCGGGCAGUCGGACCUGUUCAAGCACUUUGGCCUUGCCAAGGAGGCGGACGCGUCGGCCAAGGCGCGGCACCGGAAGCGCAAGACCGAGAAGGAGGAGGACGAGGAGAUGAUGAAGGACCACAAGGAGGAGGCCGGCGGCGGCGGCUCCUCGUCGGCGGAGCCGCCGCCUGGCCCUCUGCCCAAUCCGUCCCCUCGCUCCGAGCCGCCUCUCUUGCGCGCGCAGGUGCGCAUUGUGUCGCAGCCGGGCAUCAUCAACAAGGACCACGGCAACAUGCGGGCGUACCAGGCGCGCAAGCUGACCGGGCCGUACCUGGUCCUCGCGCCAAAGUCGACGCUCACCAACUGGGAGCGCGAGUUCAAGAACUGGGCGCCGUGCUUCAAGACGCUCCUCUUCCACGGCGACAAGGAGGCGCGCGAGCGGAUGCUCGCCGAGAACCUGCAGCCCGACAAGUUCGAGGUGUGCAUCACGUCGUACGAGAUGAUCAUCCGCGAGGCGAACGCGUUCCGCAAGUUUUCGUGGCGCUACAUCAUCGUCGACGAGGCGCACCGGAUGAAGAACGAGGAGUCGAAGCUCUCGCAGGUGCUGCGCUCCUUCUCGUCGCACUCGCGGCUGCUCAUCACGGGCACGCCCAUGCAAAACAACCUGCACGAGCUCUGGGCGCUCCUCAACUUUCUGCUGCCCGACAUCUUCACCUCGGCCGACGACUUCAACUCGUGGUUCGACAUCACGGACAAGCAGGUCGAGCAGGAGGUGAUCUCGCAGCUGCACAAGGUGCUCAAGCCGUUCCUGCUGCGCCGCGUCAAGGCCGACGUCGAGGGCUCCAUUCCGCCAAAGACGGAGCUGAUCGUAUACACGCAGCUGUCGCCCAUGCAGCGCGACCAGUACAAGAACAUCCUCAAGCGGGACAUGGACGCGCUGUACUCCUCCUCCUCCGCCACGCUGGCGCAGAACAAGUCGCGCCUCAUGAACCUCGUCAUGCAGCUGCGCAAGUGCUGCAACCACCCGUACCUCUUCGAGGGCGUCGAGGACAAGUCGCUGCCGCCGUUUGGCGACCACCUCGUGACCAACGCCGGCAAGAUGGCGCUGCUCGACAAGCUGCUCAUGCGGCUCAAGUCGCAGGGCUCCCGCGACUACUGCGCCUACCGGCACGAGGAUGGCUUUUACUAUUGCCGCAUCGACGGGUCGACGGGCGGGCCGGAGCGGCAGGAGAUGAUUGACGCCUUCAACAAGCCCAACUCGGACCGCUUCCUCUUCCUCCUCUCCACGCGCGCGGGCGGGCUCGGCAUCAACCUGCAGACGGCCGACACGGUCAUCAUCUACGACAGCGACUGGAACCCGCAGGCCGACCUGCAGGCUCGGACCCGCGCGCGCCAGUCGGGGGAGCCUCUCGUCAGUUGGUUGGCGAUGGACCGCGCGCACCGGAUCGGGCAGAAGAAGGAGGUCAAGGUCUUCCGCUUCGUCACCCAGGACUCGAUCGAGGAGAAGGUUGUCGAGCGCGCGGAGCAGAAGCUGCAGAUGGACUACGCCGUCAUCCAGCAGGGCCGGCUCGCCGAGAAGCAAAAGGCGCUCCGCACGCAGCGAGCCCUCCAGGGGUGGCCGAGGCGCGCGCUCAGCAAGGAGGAGGCCCUCGCCGCGGUGCGGUACGGCGCGGACAAGAUCUUCCGCGCGGGAGAUUCUGUCACCGAGGAGGACAUCGACACGAUCCUCGCCGGCGCAAAGAACCUGACCGCCGAGCGCAGCCAGAAGCUCGAGAGCAAGGAGAAGCGCGACCUGCUCGACUUUUCCAACGCCGAGGUCAACUUUCAGGAGUUCGAGGGCGUCGACUACAAGUCGAUGGCGCAGCAGGGCGACCGCGAGUUUAUCGAAAUGAUGCAAGACUCGAUGGGCAAGCGCGAGCGCACCUCCACCGUCUCGUACAACGAGCGCGACGCGUACCGCGGCGCGGGCGCGUCCUCGUCGAAGCCGCCCACCGAGCCGGGCCAGCCGAAGCGGCCGAAGGUGCCCGACAUGAAGGACUACCAGCUCUUCAACGUGCAGCGCAUCAACGAGCUGCACGAGGCCGAAUACCAGCGCGAGCUCAAGCGCACAAAGGCGGCGUCGCGCCUUUCCGAGGCGGGGCAGGAGGUGCCCGACGAGAAGCCGUCGCCCGAGGAGAUCGCCGAGAAGAAGGAGCUCGAGGAGCUCGAGGCGGCCGGCUUCAAGGACUGGACGCGCAACGACUACUCGCGGUUCAUCAAGAGCGCCGAGAAGAACGGGCGCGACAAGCUGAACGACAUCGCGGAGGACCUCCUCGGCACGAAGACGCUGGAGGAGGUGACCACCUACUCGGAGGCGUUCUGGCGGCUCGGACCGACCCACAUCGGCGACUGGGAGAAGGUCUCCAAGAAGAUCGAGGAGGGCGAGAAGAAGAUUGCGGAGAAGUCCGAGAUGGCGACGUUGCUGACGCACAAGGUCAAGUCGGCGGGGGACAACCCGUGGGACAACCUCACGCUCAAGUACGGCAACAACCGCGGCAAGCUCUUCAACGAGGAGGAGGACCGCUUCCUCCUCUGCAUGACCGACAAGCUCGGCUACGGCAGGUGGGAGGAGCUCAAGCGCGAGGUCCGGCUGCGGCCAGAGUUUCGCUUCGACUGGCUCUUCAAGUCGCGCACCCCCAUCGAGCUCGGCCGCCGCGUCGACCUCCUCAUCCGAGAGAAGGGCUCCAAAAAGCAAAAGGUCGAGCACGACGAGUGA